GUUGGCCACGGUACACGGUAGUGAAUUAUAUCAAAGCAUCGGAAUAAAAUCAUAUUUUUCCCUUAAAAAAAUGAAUUGCAAUUUUGCCACCCGGCCCGCCCCUUUCUUGUUGACCUCGGGCGACAAAGUUGUCAGUUGUCACCGUGAAACAACAAAUUCACCUCCAAUGAAUUGCUCAAAAGAGGAAGUGAGGUGUCUGUUCGGAUGGGACUUUCCGUUAGCAGCGGAAUCAGUGCAUAUACUCCUAAUACAGGAGUGAAUUCAAGAAGUGUCAGCAGAAAUGGGAAAAAUCCUAGUACUUCGAGUGAGGGUGAGAUAUUGCAGUCGCGGGAUUUAAAGAAGUUUGAUUUCAAUGAGCUCAAGAUUGCCACCAGAAACUUCCGACAGGAUAGUGUUAUUGGACAAGGUGCCUUUGGGAAAGUUUUCAAAGGGUGGAUUGAUGAGCAUUUGCUUACACCUAUCAAGUCCAGUUCUGGAGUGGCGAUUGCUGUGAAGAGGCUUGAGCAAGAAAGUGCUCGGGGUCACAAGGAAUGGCUGACAGAGGUCAUAUAUCUAGGAAAAUUGCGGCAUCCUAAUCUUGUUAAGUUGAUUGGUUACUGCUGUGAGGAUGACCAUCGGCUUUUGGUUUAUGAGUUUAUGUCUCGUGGCAGCCUGAACAAUCAUUUAUUUAGGAGAGGGUUUGAGCCACUUUCCUGGGACAUUCGCAUGAAGGUUGCCCUUGGCGCUGCAAAGGGGCUUGCAUUUCUUCAUAGUGUUGAUGUGAAUGUCAUAUAUCGGAACUUUAAUACUUCUGAUGUAUUACUUGAUUCGAACUACAAUCCAAAGCUUUCUGAUUUUGGUUUAGUCAGAGGCGGGCCAACUGAUGAUAAGAGUCAUGUCUCUACUGCGGUUAGGGGGACUUCCGGAUGGCAUCUUGCACCAGAGUAUGUAGUGACAGGCCACUUGAGUGUAAAGAGCGAUGUAUACAGCUUUGGUGUUGUACUUCUGGAAAUGGUAUCUGGCCGACGAGCUAUGGACAAUAACCGGCCACCUGGGCAAGAGAAUCUAGUGGAGUGGGCAAAGCUUUACCUAACAAACAAACGUAGAUUUUUAAGCUUUUUGGAUCCUCGUCUUGAUGGCCAGCACUUCCUUAGAACAGCCCAAAAGUUGGUUAACCUUGCACUUCAUUGCUUAAAUAGUGAACCGAAGUUCAGACCGGACAUGGACGAUGUGGUAAUGAUAUUAGAAAGGCUUCAAGAAUCAAAUUAGAAAGAGACAACCUACAUGUAGAAGAAUGUGUUUAUUGGAGCAAUGUGCAGUUUCUGUUUUGUAUCCUGCAUGUUGUAUUAUGCAUCUAUGCUAGAAUCUCCAGUGGAAUUGUAAAUAAUUCUUUUUUCUUUCAUUUAUUUAUACUAGGCAAGCUUUUAAUCUCAAUUUUGUAUUUCUUCGAGCGCAAUCAUGGAAUAAAGAGAAGGUGUUAGACAUUAGUUA